AUGAUAGCGAACCGCAACUUAUGGGCAGCGACGCGUCGCGGUUUGAACUUUGCCAGACUUUUGCAUGUAAAAACGGUCUCCACACCCAAUGAUAAUGCUCUCAAGUUCGUGUCUUCGGAUGGUGAGCUUCUCCAGGAUCGCGGGAAGCCAAGCGUGGAGAUCAAAAACACAGAUGAAUCUCUUAUCAAGCACUCUCCGCUUGCACAAAGAAUCUUCACCCAGUGCUCUGGCGUGGAAUCAAUGAUGAUCGGCGACGACUUUGUCACUAUUAAUAAAGACGAAAUGGUUCACUGGAGCCAGAUAACGGGCGACAUGAUCGACCUUUUGACACAGUAUUUGGCAUCAGGCAAGGAGGCAGUUUCCCCCGAGUUUUUCAGCGUCCAAGAACAAGGAGUUGGUUACGACGUCAACUUGCCGAAAUAUGAGUAUAAUGAAGACCAGCAAGAAAUCAGCGACAUGAUCGAGGAGCUGAUACAAACGCGUAUUCGGCCAGCAGUUAUGGACGAUGGUGGCGAUAUUCAGUACCGCGGGUACGACCCAGAGACCGGAACCGUGUAUUUAAAGCUGCAAGGAGCCUGCAAGUCGUGCUCGUCCAGCGAAGUCACUCUGAAGCACGGCAUCGAGUCGAUGCUCAAACACUACAUCGAAGAAGUCGAAAACGUGGUCCAGAUCCUGGACCCCGAGGAGCAGAUUGCCCUCAAGGAAUUUGAAAAGCUCGAGCAGAAGCUCGACAGUCGUCAAUGA